AGCCGCCCGCGGCCGGAGACCCGGGGCGCCGCCGGGAGCGGCGGGGCGAGCGCGGCGUGCCGGACGCGGCCGGACGCGUAGCGGCGGAGCGGGUCCCGGAGCCGUCCGCGCUCAGGAGCGGCGAUGUCCGUGCAGGUGGCGGCCCCCGGAAACGCGGCGCUGGGCCCGGAGCGCCUGAGCCCGGAGGAGCUGGUGCGCCAGACGCGGCAGGUGGUCCAGGGGCUGGAGGCCCUGCGGGCAGAGCACCGUGGCCUGGCCAGGCACCUGGCGGAGGCCCUGGCAGGGCAGGGCCUGGUGGCGGGCUUGGAGCUGCUGGAAGAAAAGCAGCAGGUGGUGAGCCACGCGCUGGAGGCCAUCGAGCUGGGACUGGGUGAGGCCCAGGUGCUGCUGGCCCUGUCCGCGCACGUGGGCUCCCUGGAGGCAGAGAAGCAGCGGCUGCGAGCGCAGGCCCGGCGGCUGGCCCAGGAGAACUCGUGGCUGCGGGAGGAGCUGGAGGAGACGCAGCGACGGCUGAGGGCCAGCGAGGAGGCCGUGGCCCAGCUGGAGGAGGAGAAGAGCCACCUCGAGUUCCUAGGACAGCUGAGGCAGUAUGACCCACCCGCGGAGAACCAGCGGCCUGAAUCCCCGCCUCGCCGGGACAGCCUGGCCUCCCUGUUCCCCAGUGAGGAGGAAGAGAGGAAAGGCCCAGAGGCAGUGGGGGCCGCAGCCGCUCAGCAGGGGGGCUAUGAGAUCCCCGCCCGCCUUCGGACCCUGCACAACCUCGUGAUCCAGUACGCAGGGCAGGGCCGCUACGAGGUCGCCGUGCCACUGUGCCGCCAGGCCUUAGAGGACCUGGAGCGGAGCUCAGGCCACUGCCACCCUGACGUGGCCACCAUGCUCAACAUCCUGGCGCUGGUGUACCGGGACCAGAACAAGUACAAAGAGGCCACAGACCUUCUCCACGAUGCCCUGCAGAUCCGGGAGCAGACGCUGGGCCCCGAGCACCCCGCGGUGGCCGCCACCCUCAACAACCUGGCUGUGCUCUAUGGGAAGCGCGGGCGUUACCGGGAGGCCGAACCGCUGUGCCAGCGUGCCCUGGAGAUCCGCGAGAAGGUCCUGGGCACCGACCACCCGGACGUGGCCAAGCAGCUCAACAACCUGGCCCUGCUCUGCCAGAACCAGGGCAAGUUCGAGGAGGUGGAACAGCACUAUGCCCGAGCCCUGAGCAUUUAUGAGGCCCUGGGGGGGCCCCACGACCCGAACGUGGCCAAGACCAAGAACAACCUGGCCUCGGCCUACCUGAAACAGAACAAGUACCAGCAGGCAGAAGAGCUGUACAAAGAGAUCCUCAGCCGGGAGGACCUGCCUGCCCCUCUGGGAGCCCCCCCCACAGGCACGGCUGGGGACACAGAACAGCAGCCCCUGCGUCGGAGCAGCUCAUUCUCCAAGUUCCGCGAGUCCCUCCGGCGUGGAAGUGAGAAGCUGGUCUCCCGUCUCCGAGGCGAGGGGCUGGCUGGAGCAGCAGGAAUGAAGAGAGCCAUGUCGCUCAAUAUGCUGAACGUGGAUGGUCCAAAGGCUGCAGGGACCCAGUUCGCCAACCAGCACCUGAGCGAGGCUGCUCGGACCCUCAGCGCCAGCACCCAGGACCUGGGCCCCCGCUGAAGUUGACAGGACCACACGGCUCCAGCUUCUCAGGAAGAGUGGGGAAGGGUGGCCUUUCAGCUCCCGGAUGACCUCUCCCCUGGGGGGGCCCCCGGGGUAUCGGGCUUCGCUGUGCCCCGCUCUCCUCCUGCGAUUAAAGGCUGUAGAUUCGGAAGCCA